GUAGGGCGGAGCCGGCGGGCGGGGUCGGGAUCUCCCGGGCCGCGGUUGCUGGCUGGUCUGCUCGCUGAGGCCCCGCGUAAGACCAUGUACUGGCGCCGCGCAGCGCUGGUGGGGACUCGGCUCGUCCGGGUCAGGAGCAGCUCAGCGGGCCGGCUGGAGGGGCCAGCGGGAAUUUCGGGCUCCGGGAUGGGGAACAGCACAUCGUCAUCUUUGGGAAACGCAGCAACUGCUCCCGUGAAUCAGAUCCAAGAGACCAUUUCUAAUAAUUGUGUGGUGAUUUUCUCCAAAACAUCCUGUUCUUACUGUACGAUGGCAAAAAAACUUUUCCAUGACAUGAAUGUUAACUAUAAAGUGGUGGAAUUGGACAUGCUUGAAUACGGAAGUCAGUUUCAAGAUGCGCUUCACAAAAUGACUGGUGAAAGAACUGUACCACGAAUAUUUGUCAAUGGAACUUUUAUUGGAGGUGCAACUGACACUCAUAGGCUUCACAAAGAAGGGAAAUUGCUUCCACUAGUUCACCAGUGUCAUUUAAAAAAAAGUAAGAGGGAAGAACUUUAGUGAUGUAUCUUUUCACUCUGUUGACAGUAUCCUUUGAUGCACAGAAGAUUUGAGUUUUGAUGAAGUCAAAAUUUAUCUACUUUUCCUUUUCUUGUCUGUGCUUUUGGUAUCACAUCUAAGAAUCUACUACCAAACCCAGGGUCAUGAGCUUUUUUUUUUUUAAUGAGCUUUUAUAAUAUGUCUUAUUCUAACAGCUGUGCAGUUUUAAGUCUUAUCUACAGGUCACUUUGAGUUAAUUUUUAUAUGUGGUGUAAAGUAACGGUCCAGCUUCACUCUUUUGCAUGUGGAUAUCCAGUCUCCCCAGCACUAUUUGUUAAAGACUACAUCUUCUCUUCAUUGAACUGUCUUGACACUCUAUUAAAAAAUCAAUUGACCAUC